UAUGGUACCUCAGUAUAUGGUGUGAGAGCUCCAUCACUCUGUUCCCUUUGCAGUCUGGCAGGUGGUGUUUGGAGGGGCAGACGAGAUGAAUUAUUUGUAGUCGUUCCAAGUACGCAGGUGGAUGGAUUUCUAAUCCUGCUCUUCGGACUCAUCAGCAUCAACACACUGACGGCCAUAAGUGUCAUCCGCUACAUCAAAGGUUUCCACCCUCAGCAUGCUCAUCAGGUCAUCUAGCAUAAUAUCUGCCUGAUCAUAACUGCGGUCUGGCUGUUCUCUCUGUUUUGGGCUGGAGCCUGGGGCAGUUUCAGAGCUCGCAGGUAUGGGACAUGUGAAAUCGACUGGACACGAGCGCUGUACUCCAUUCCGUUCAAGCUCUCCGUCAUCAGCAUUUUCUUCUUCAACUUCUUCAUGCCGCUGUUCAUUGUAGUUUUCACGUAUGUGUCCAUCAUCCGCAGGGUCAAGUCCAGCCACAAGUUCAGUCUGGGAGAUGUUAGCGAGAGGCAAAAAAAGAUUGAACGCAGCACGCUCCAGGUUUCCCUCAUUGUGUGUGCGGCCUUCCUGUUGGCUUGGUCCCUGUACACAGUCAUUUCCAUGUGGUCUGCCUGGGGUUACCAAGUACCCCCACUCAACGGCAUCCUGGCAAGCCUCUUCGCCAAGUCAGCAAGUUUCUACAAUCCGUUUAUCUACAUUGGCAUGAGCUCUAAGUUCCGGAAGGACUUGCACUUCAGACCCACAACAGCGCACAGGCACACCCCUCCUGUGACAUUGGCCCGGCCUGAUGAUGUGCAGCUUAAUGUGGACUGCUUUAGGGAGGAUGAGCCGGUAGAGAUGGACCAUAAGGCAAGUGAGUGUAGCCCUUUAACAUAGUCACAUAAGAGGGUCGGUCCUCGUGGAUUAAUGAGGAAACUCAGCGACUCUGGAAGACUUUAGCUGUCUUUCUCAUGUUAGUUUAUGUGCUCUGAAUGUUUAUAUAAUGAAGAUGAUAAUAGUAUUAUGAUGAUAAAGUACAUUCACUUUAUGUAUUAUCUUAAUUUCACAACAAAUACAAACAGAUUGUGACACUCCAGGGCCAGGCUACUAGUGAUUAACUUGUACAAAUGCUUCAUGUUGAACGUUAGGUCAUUGUGUGAAUCCGAUAAAAUUGAGGUU